AUGGGUGUGCACAAGCAGAGGGUUGCGAUUAUUGGCUCCGGUAACUGGGGUAGCGCUAUUGCCAAGAUUGCUGGCUACAACUGCGCUCGUCACACCGAGUUAUUCGAGACGCGUGUAAACAUGUACGUGUACGAGGAGAUGGUGGAUGGCCGCAAGUUGACGGACAUCAUCAACACCGAGCACGUGAACACGAAGUACCUUCCUCAUGCUCGUCUGCCUGAGAACGUCGUGGCUGUGCCUAGUGCUGAGGAGGCGGCGUGUGAUGCUACCCUGCUGGUGUUUGUGCUGCCGCACCAAUUCAUUCUCAACGUGUGCAAGUCGUUGCGCAACGCCAUUGCGCCGGAUGCGCACGCUAUCUCGAUGAUCAAGGGUGUCGAGGUGGCCGAACACGAAAUUAGCAUCUACGCUGAUGUGAUCCAGGAUGCUCUUGGUAUCCCAUGCGCUGCUCUCAGUGGUGCUAACAUUGCCAACGAGGUGGCUUCGGGUCUCUUCUCUGAGACCACGGUCGGUUACCGCCCGCACCAGCGCCGCCUGGCGGAAUACUAUGUCCGCCUCUUUGACACUCCCCAGUUCCGCGUGGGUAUGAUCGAGGACGUGGCUGGUGUCAGUCUUUGUGGUGCCCUGAAGAACAUUGUCGCCGUGGGUGCUGGCUUUGUGGAUGGUCUCGGCUGGGGCGGCAACGCCAAGGCUGCUAUUAUGCGUAUCGGGCUGAUGGAGAUGCGUCGCUUCUCGUUGGAGUUCUUCGACAACGUGAAGCCGGAGACCUUCACGGAGACAAGCGCUGGUGUGGCCGACCUGAUCACCACGUGCUACGGUGGCCGUAACCGCAAGUGCGCUGAGGCGUUCGUGAAGACCCGCAAGCCGUUCAACGUGCUGGAGGCUGAGCUCCUCAACGGCCAGAAGCUCCAGGGUACCGAGACUGCGAAGGAUGUGUACGAGUUCCUGGAGGCUCGUGGCAAGGUCGACGAGUACCCCUUGUUUAAGACGAUCUAUGAGAUUUCGUUCAAGGGUCUCGAUCCCGAGAAGCUCACUGAAAACCUCUAG